UGGAAGAAUGUGGUAUAAUGUAUUGAACCGUUAAUUUCCAUUAUAGAUAGAAAGCCGUUAACCAUAGGAGAUCUAGUGUGCCCAACACCAUGUGUUGCCGUGCUGAACACACUAAGUGAAAUGUGUGUCAAUUUUUUUGUUUAGCAGCCAUUUUUUUUUACAGAGAAUUACACAAACUCACGAAAUAUUUUUCUUUGGGGAACAUCGCUAAAACAGUAGCGUGCACAGCAAAAUGACUUCUUUUAACUAUUUCCUAUUGUUUCUUGCUAGUGGAUCAGUUACUCUUUUUACCGCAGCGCAGUCAUAUGUGGCGGAGGGAUAUUUUGUAAUUGAUAACAAAGUAUCUUUGAACUAUCGUGAAGACAAAAAAAUCAGCAAACCCGAGAAAGAGCUUCAGAACGACAUGGACUACAUUCUAACUCAGGUGAAUGAGCUCUUUAAGUCUCUUGUCCCCCAUGGAAUCACUUUGGAGAUUAGAGUCAAGAGAUUCAAUAUACUGCCUGUCGACAUUUUUCCAAAGAAUGCUACAAAAUCAUCUUCACCAUUCGACAUUCAACCCAAAGUGUCUAUAAAAUUGUUCGAAAAAUGGCUGCUGGCGACAAAUUCGUAUAAGAACAUCUCCUAUGACUUUGCUUUUCUAUGGACCGGAUUUAAUCUUGCUGACGAUGAUAAAGCUAAGACAGCAGGCUUCUCCGAAACCAGUCAGAUGUGUGAUUCCGUGAAAUCAAUUGGUAUAGCUGAAUUUUCUAGGACUUACUAUACUGCGAUAAGCACUGCUCAUGAAAUUGCCCAUAUUCUUGGAGCACAUCAUUGCAAACCCAAUUCUUUGCAUAUCAUGUCACCUGUAACGAAUCUGAUGAGCCCCAGAAAAUGGUCCUUUGAUAAAUGCUCUGCCUUGGAAAUAAAGAAAUAUCUGGGUACCUUAAAAACUAAUUGCCUGCUGAAAACUGAUAAAAACUCCUCUAAGCCAGACGUAACCUAUGCAUCUUACAAAGGUCAAAUCUUUGACCCUGAUAUCAUUUGUCACAGAGAGAAAGGUCCCCGCUCAUACAUGUGCAAAAUGUGGAACUUUUACAAUGAUUCAGCACCAGGCGGCGACUUAAUAUGUUCACGUCUGCAGUGCUCUGAACCUGGCACUGAGCUUUGUGUUGACAUUUUUGCCCCUAACGGCAUGGUGUGUGCUGUCGGCAAGAGAUGUAAUGCUGGAAAAUGUACACCUGAUUCAUCCGUGAAAUCCAAGGUUGACCCCCAAUGUCUUUACGGCGACCAGAAAGUGGCGAAAGCUCCAGCUAAAAAGUUGGACUCGACGUGUGAAGAGUUAAUCAGAAAGCUUGGCCCAGCUAGCUGCUACAAGCCUGUGUAUUUCCAGCAAUGCUGCAGCACAUGCGCACGACGCAGAAUAAAUAGACCUGGAUGUGAAUACGGAGACAGAGUCAGUAUUUGUAAGAUGUACAAGAAGAACGUACUUUGUGAGAAAGAGGAUAACACUAAAAAGUGUUGUAACUCUUGCUAUGGCUAUAAACCGAAGCGUUCAGUUGCUGACAAUUUCGAUUCAUUGUUCAGUAUAACGGAAUUGAGCCUGCCAUAAAAUGUAACCUAUCCAAUGAACUAUCGUGGCCAGGAUCAGAAGUAAAUUGUAGGAAAUAAAAUAAUCUGUGAUCUGUAUCA